AUGACAAAAUUGGGUUUUAAAUUCUACACGAAUCAAUGGUAUCAUUAUUACAUAUCCAUCUAUAUUUUAACAAGGGUCAAAGGUUCACUCCGGCCUCUCAAAAAAAUCCGUUUCCGGCAAAAAUCUCCGACUAAAACCGAUUCCGACACUCUGACAGAAACUAUAAUGUUCUUUCUACAUUUUUUAGACUACAGGAUGGAAAAGUUCAAAAUAGGACUGACAAAUAAUUUUGAUGCAAACGUGAAUACAUCAAAACUAGGAAUUUAUGAUUUAUGCGGUCAGUGGCCUGGGAAAGUUUUAAAUUUUGGUGAACCAAUGAGAGUCGAUUGUAUUGAUGGUAGUAAAUUGUCCAGAUUUGUCAUCGUACAACAAUCUCCAGAAAUUGAACAGAAAUACCGUGAUAGGAGAUUAGCAUUUGCUGAAAUUGAAGUUUAUGCUGAAACUCGAUUGGAUGAUGUAGCAUUAAAGAAACCAGCUCACCUCAGUUCCAUGGGAGGAAACUAUGCUAUCUAUAACGCUUCCUAUGGAGUUGACAAUAAUUUUAACGCAGCAUGGCGAUUUCCACAUGCAGCUAUAAAUUAUGAGUAUUCAAAUUGGUUUGUUGUCGACUUGCUGGCUGCAUACAAAGUCAAAUAUGUGGUAGACCGCUCGGUCGAACAGUUUGUAGCAGGAGUACAAUACAAGUGUACAUCCGAAAUGCAAUGUCUACAUACGGAUAUAUGCACUGCCAUAUAUGCAAUAGGAGUGUUUGGAACUAACGUUUGGUCUAAGGGGGCACUUUAA